UUUUGAUACGAAUAGGUGUUUCGUACGGGUCGGCGUUAGCUAUGUUUUAUCCGUCAAAUAUGCGUUACAUAGCUAUGAUAUAGGGUACACAGCCACAAUAUGCAAAUCCUAGCUAUAGAAUGUGUUCUCGGUGAGUAGCUCUGUAAUCCAUAAUAUAGUUGUGUAACUCAUAUUGCACGUAAAUAACCAACAAUUAUAGAAUAUUCGUUCAGUAGCUAUAUUUUUAUAAGUCAUGCAGGCAGCUAUAUUAUAAAAACUACAGCUAUACUAUAAGUUACCCAGCCAUUAUCGAAAUCCACAGAUUUUCCGUGCAGAUUGUUCUUUCUCACUUACGAUGCUGUGUGUUGAGUGAUGUUGAAGGUUUGGUUCGUCGGAUUUACUAAAGGAAUAAGUUACAGCAAGUCGAUGGACCGGUAUCAAAUAAAUUUUCGAGAACAUCAUUUUUUUAUCAAGUACCACAAACCGGGCAACCCGAUCAGAUUAAUCGUGUCAACCAUCGACUCUGCCGCAUACAAGAUGUCCCGUUUCCUAGCGACCAUCUUGCGGAAAGCGUUCAACCCAAAGUUUGGUAUAAAAAACUCACAACAAUUCAUUCGUACCAUACGCAAAACCCGCAUUACAAAAGGCAAUGUGCUAGUCUCCUACGACGUGGUAAAUUGUUUUGGGACCAUACCAACUUCACUGGCGCUGAGUAUCAUCGAACGCGAUUUCCACAUGAUCGAAAAAGUGACACCAAUACCAAAAGAAUCAUUCCUCCAGAUGCUGAAAUUGUGUCUUGAACAAGCGAACUAUUUCGUAUUCGCGGACAAAUUCUACCGCCAAAAACUUGGCAUGUUCAUGGGGUCGUCACUAGCUCCGAUAUUAGUGGAACGAGUCAUCGAGCACAUCGUGGAAAGCGCAAUCCGAGACCUUAACAUCACGCCGGACUUCUGGAAUACCUAUGUCGACGAUCACCUCACGUCAAUCCAGCGAGAGAUGGCGGAUCAACUUCUUCACCAGCUCAAUUCAUACGAUCCAAAUGUCCAAUUCACCAUGGAAGUCGAGAAAGAUGACGGUACGAUCGAAUUCUUAGACACAACCGUGUACAAUGAAGGCGAACGACUAAAAACCAAAUGGUUCCAUAAGCCGAUAGCCUCGAAUCGUCUGCUGAACUAUUACUCCAAACACCCCAGCAACAUGGUGAUCAACACAGCCAAAUCCUUCAUUCGUCGAGUGCUGACGUUGAGCCACGCAUCGUUCCAUAGUGAAAUGAAACACACCGUAAUGCGAAUUUUGGAGAAAAACAACUUCCCAGCCAAGCUGAUCUCUAAGCUUUUCCACCAGGUGUGCCAAACAAUGAACGGACGUCAAACGAGUGCUGGCUCCAGCUAUCCUUUCAUCGACCGAACACAAGCGACCUUGGUUCACCAGUCUGUCGACACAGCCGACAAUAACAACACAAUACCGAUAGCUAGUUCAACGCUGAUCAAUGAAACGAUACAACCGGUAGCACCGUCCACAGUCAUAAAACGCUUUGUUGGCAUGACGUAUGUCCCGCAGCUGACGGAAGCAGUGUCUAGACAGAUCAGAAAAUUUGCACCUAACGUAACGAUAGCACCUCGACCACCAAGAAAAGUUUCGAGCGUUUUCUCCGACAUGAAGCAAAAGCUUAGCACCGAUCAAUGUUCGUGCGUGGUAUACAACGUGCCCUGUCAUGACUGCCCCAAGUCAUACGUCGGUGAGACAACAUGGAGGCUUUCUGACCGUCAAGGACAACACCAAAAGGACCUAGAUAACAUGUCGAAAAAUCCGCAAAAAACUGCCUUGGUACAUCACGCCUACACAAAAGGUCACGCAUUUGAGUUCCGCAAGAAAACGAUUCUUAAGAAAGUACGAACGAAGGCAACAAUUAAAAUACACGAGGCGAAUCAGAUCAUCCUGAAAGGAAAGUCGGCGGUCAACUUCAAAACUGAUGCAGCCCAUGUUUCUCCGGUCUUCUACAACCUGAUCAGAAAUUCAGAAAAACGUCGUCAUGUGAACCCACCCGGACCGAGAUCGAGUCAUGUGAACUUACAACAGCUGUUUGAUGAAAGGUGAAAUGUCAACCGAAUAGUUCAAUCACAACAAACCGUGCAACAAGAGUUGCGAGUGAUUUCUCAAUUUAAUCUAAUUAUAUUGAGAGCCCAGUCUGUGAUAGUUUGUGAAAUAGUGCGUAAAACCCCUGAUGAUGGCUGGUAACUCGGCCGAAAGCUCGGUACAUUAAACACGAUAAACAAACCAAUUGGAGUUUAAUUCAUUGCCCUCACCAAGCAACACAACGUUGCAAUAAUCAUUUUUUUAACUU